AUGGGAGAAGUUGUGCAGAUAGUGGUGUUUGUGAUGGCUUUCAUCAGCUGCAAUGCCCUCCUGGAUCUGUCUGGUGUUCACCAGGUAAAGGGCACAUGGAUGGGAUGCACCACUUUACCGUGUACCUACAUGCCCUCAGAAGGUUUCACACAGCAAACGCUCAUCUGGAGCAUGGAGCGAGACUAUAGCACCUCUACCAUCUUUCGGAGGGAUGAUUCUGGUGACCAUGUCUUGUUGUCUCGGUUCCGAGACCGGGUCAGCGUCCCAAAGCAUAGCCCAGGGAACGCCUCACUCCUAAUCGAGAACCUUGAAAUCCCUGACAGCGGACACUACACCUGUCAAGUCAUCUGGAGGUCUAAAAAUAACAGCUUGAUAACAAAGGAGGUGACCACUAUGGUUAAAGUUGUCAAAGUUGCAGUGACCAAGCCCGUCAUCAGGGCCGGCGAGCUGGGGCUGACAGUCCCGGCAGGAGCCAGGACCAGCCUGACCUGUGUGGCCAGCGGGUCCCCCCCCAUCAGCUACCGCUGGUUCAGGAGCGGCCCCGGGGGGAAAGCCCUGCUCCUGAGCAGCCAGGCCGAGCUGGCGUGGGACAGCCUGCGGCCCUCCGACACCGGGAAGUACUACUGUGAGGCAGAAAACAACGUCAGGGCCAGGGCUGUGCAGCAGAGCGACACCGUUGAGCUGACAGUGAGAGAGUCCCCAGUCACACAGCAGCCCAGCCCUGAGACCGACAGGCACAGCAGACCCCCACUCACCCCCCGAGGCGAUGCGCCCCAGCGAGUGCCCACAGAACCUCUCUAUGAAGUUGUUUUCCAUAGCACUGCAGAUGUCACAAGAUUGGAGACUGAUGUGGAAGUGCCUGUUAAGUGCCUACACAAGGAGACAAAUUCUAAGACUGAAACAUCCAAUGACACUUUCGCCAUGAAAGACAACGGCCAUGACAGCAUAUGCAUCAGGAAAAAUCCUGAGUAUGAAAACCUUGUGAAUGCAAUGGAAUCAGAAUAUGAAAUAGAAAAAAUUUAGUAGGGUACCAGCUUUUCCACAUGAGCAGCCGUGCAGGGCUGCAGAUAUUGAGUGGUAAACUUUACCAAAGGAAAUUCUUCUUCCUGUCUGCCUUCUGCUCUGAUAAAUAUACCAGUCUCACUGCUU